GAGAUGUCUUUCCCAAGUGCAAGUCUAGCAUGCAGCCCUCCUCCUCCUCCACCCCCUGAACCCAUCGAACCCCCGAUCCUCCUCCAAUCCGAGCGCCACAAGACCUACUACGAGAGCACCCGACUCGCGCGGCGCCGCUACGAGCACGCCACCCUCCGCGAGGGUCUGCAGCGGGGAUUAUCGCUCUGGAGCAUUUUGGCCAUCUUAUCCAGUGGGGGACAUGAGGAUGUCCCCUAUCGCGGGAGGAGAGUGCAUCCUUCGAGGCUGAUUAGCUAUAGCCAUGGCCCGCGACUUGAGGACCGCAGUACCAGCAUGGGUUGCGAAUCCACAGCCAUGCACUACGCUCACGCCCACAUCUACGAUGAACCCCCGCUUGAACAACACGAGCAGCGUCCCACCAUGAUGAUGCUUUCGUCCUCGUAUCCGCAGAGCCAACCUCCGAUUCACCAUCGAAACACAAGUGAAUACUACAGCAGCAGCAGCAGCAGCACAACCCCCUCGCCCCCACGCCUACCCCAACAUAACCACCACCACCACCAAAGCCAGAUAUACAACCCCAACCAUCAACAUACCCCAAUCAACAACACCCACCACCACCACUACCAUCACCACCCAUCCCAAAAAAUCAACCCCCUCCUCACCCUUACCAUCAAUCCCCCCCUCAUCACCCCGGAUAGCUCCUACUUCGCCCGCGUCUCGGACUACCGCGUGCGCAGCCGGAAGCGGCCGUGGGAGGGGGACCGGAGCUGGGACCGGAGCUUUUUGUGUCGGGCCUAUAAGCGGCGGCGGGGUGGGGGUGGGGGUGAGACUCUGGGUAUUGGGUCCGAUGGGAGGAGGGCGCACGCUAUCUCGCGUGGGUUGAUGUUAUAUGUGUGA